CGUCAUCUGAAGUCACACGUCCGACGCCCUGCAUUCGCAUCCAGGCAGCCAUGAAAGUACUUCUUACGUUAAUAGGCUUAGCCCUACUGUUAGGAUCAAGUUACGGCUCUGGUUACGGACAAAGCGGCGGCGGCGGGGCCGGCGGAGGAAGAGGCGGCCCGUAUGACGUCACCUACGACAAGGGUGGCUACGCUUACGGCACGAGGGGAGGUGGCGCUGCGAACACUGCAGCCGAAUCCGUGAACUACAAAAAGACGGGAACGCUGUCGGACUACGACAAGGACGAGAGCAACAAGAAGAACGAGCGAACGAAGACCAGCGGCUACGAGUUCUCCUACAAGAAAGGUCACAACUACGUGCGCCCGCAGCUCGGCGUUAACAGAGCCAUCCGCAGGCCCAUCAUAGGCUACAUCGGAAGAGGAGGAGGAGGCGGUGGCUAUGGCGGUAUUGGGGGUGGGGGUGGCUUUGGAGGCGGUGGCUAUGGAGGCGGUGGCUAUGGAGGCGGUGGCUACGGAGGCGGUAGUUACGGAGGCGGUAGCUACGGAAGUAUUGGCGGUGGCUACGGAGGUGGUAGCUACGGAGGUGUUGGCGGGGGCAGCUACGGAGGUAUUGGGGGUAGCUAUGGAGGUAUCGGAGGUAGCUAUGGCGGUGGCGUUAGUUAUGGUUAAAUCCUUGUUGAUUUCGGAGAUAUUAUGGCUGUGAUAGAGAAACGAAUAUUACGUUGUUACUAGCCGUAUAGUAGAGAAGUAACAAUUAAGGCCUAUGUCGAAAUGCGAACUUCUACAUCUAAGAAUCAAACUGCAUCGCAUGAUCAAACAGUCAUCUGGGUUCGUUCAUCUGUAAAAUUCGCGCUUGUUAUAUAAUACGGUUUGUCCACGCUCGAUCGUUCCUGCUCUUCAGAGCUAUUAGAAUGAUAUAUUAAUGAUCUAUUACGUACACUACGAUUGUCUAACCACUAUGUCUACGACGCAUAUACGCGCUGCUAACUUUCGAUUGUUGAUGGAUCUGCCAAUCCGACGCAAUAAACCGACGCAGCUGUUGUGUGUGAUGAAUGA